AUGGAUCCGCUAUCCAUCGCGGCCAGCGCUGCAGGGCUUGCGACUGGAUGCACCAGGAUUGUUGCCACUCUUUACACGUGGAUCGACGACACCAUCUCGGUCGAUGAGAAUGUUGCUGGUCUAUCCGAUGAGAUCAAGGCUCUCGGAAGAGUCCUGAACUCUAUCAGCAGUGCCUCCGCGUUGGCCCCGCGUCCCGUCCUGGCCGAGAUUGACCCUGAUGGAAACCUGUGGGCAGUGGUUACGGCCACAUUGGGCGACAUCAGCAACACGCUCGGAAAGCUGAGCCAGCUCCUGGGCGAGGUCGAGAAGAGCAGCCGUGUUUUCAGCCGAGGUUUUCUCAGAAAGCCAACAAAGCAGAUCAGGUUUGGUCUUCGGUCCAAGGAAUUUGUCACAUGCAAGGACAGGGUUCAAUCAUACAAUACCGCCAUGACCAGUGCUUUGCAGAUGAUCAACGUGUGUCUCAUGAUCCACAACAACUCUUCUCAGGAUGCCGUUUUCAGUAUGCUCUACGGACUGAGAUCCCAGAUUGGACGCGUCGAAGUUGCUUUGCAUCAGGGGGCGGAACCACAAUCCGGGCCGGCCGGGUCCAGCCAGGACGACGACGGCAAGCAAAUCACCACAAAUCUUCGACAGUUUGUGCGUGUCGCUGAGACAUUUCACUCCAAUGCAAGCGCCAUUACGAGAGAAGGCCCAAGAUCAACAGUUUGGGGAGGCAGCGUGCUAGGCGAACCCUUGACGAGGGAGCAACUCUUCAAAAUUGAAAGCUGGAUCCCCCAACCGAGUAUCACUCAACCUCAACAAGGCGGAGCCCCAUCACAAACCACUAUUGUUAACCCGUCCUACCAUUCGGACUCGGACGACGAUAUCGACGAGGCUCUGAUUAAACGACUCCGAGAGCUCGCUGUCGACAGCCGGCAAAAAGGGGACCACCUCAAAGCCGAGAACUUUUACCGGAAGGUGAUCAACCGCUCUGAGGCUAGCGAAUCAAACUAUGAUCCUCAGGAUCUAGUUGAUGAUAGAAUUAAUCUAGCCUAUGCAUGCUUGCAUCAGAGGAAAUGGACUGACGCAGAGACCAUCAUUCUCCCCAUCGCUAUGGAACGGAAGUUGGGCGAUAUUACAAUCUAUAUCGGUCUCCACGCCUUGGCCCUCGCGCACAUGGAUAGCUCCAACUUUGCAAUGGCUGACAAGUGCUGCAAACGGGCGCUCUGGGGCAAGCGCAAGAUUCUUGGAAAGGAAAAUCCUUCAUGCUGGGAAACGUUGGCUUUGCUCUCCCGCCUUUGCGAAGCACGGGGUGAUCCGGAGGAAGCUGAAGCCCACCAGACAUUCAUCCCCGCGUCAUACCAACCAGUACUACACCUUGACCCGCUAGUUUAUCUUAAUGGGUAUAAUAAAAAGCCACCACCACCUCCGACAAUUCCUCCGACACGUUCUCCCUCAACCACUAAGGCCUCGCAAACUCGAAACCUGGUAGUCGGCGUACACUUUGGGACAGUACAGACCGCUGUGUCUUUUGCGUUAGCUACCAAUCCCAUUGUGGAAGAGGGGAUCAUUGACAAGUGGCCAACUCGGAGUGGGACCAAGACCGACUCUACGGUUCCAAGUGUUGUCUACUACGGCCCUGAGCCUACUCGGACAGUAGUCGGUUGGGGGUAUGACAUAGAGGAUGCCCUCAAGCCUUCCGGCUAUCCAAAGCCCGGCAUAGAAAAGUCGGAGUGGUUCAUACUGGGCUUGAUGAACCCUGACCGGACGUAUGUCGACGCCACGCAGAUCCCAAGUCCUCCAACCGGAAAGUCCAACAUCGAUGUGGUCGCCGACUACCUGUCCGAACUCCACGAUGCUAUUUGGUCCGCCCUUUGCAGUUCAUUCGACAUGGAAGAGAUGCAAAUCCGGUGGUGGUUUGCGAUCCCGCCCGUCUGGGACGGUCUCGGAGGAGCCCCUCUCCGUGCUUCAGCCCUCCGAGCCGGCUUCAUCCGCGAUGAAAAUGAUGACAAGAUCUUCUUCGUUACUGAGCCGGUGGCAGACCUGUUGUACUGUUGCAAAACCCUGCUCGGCCCCCAGCCGUCAGACACCUUCCUGGUUGUGGUUGCCAGCGCGGGAGCAGUAGAUGUAGCCACUUACGAAGUUAUUAAAGGGAAUCCUCUUGACCUGAAGCAACUGACCACCCCAACGGGGGACUUUUGUGGAUCAACGGCCGUGGUACGAAAUUUCAGCAACCUGUUGCAGGACAGGGUGAAGAAGUUGAAGCUUCCAGAAGGCUCCGUGAUUGCUGCGCGUACCUAUGCGAAAGGCAUAAUCGACUUUAGCAAUCGAAUCAAGCACAGCUUUAGCGACGAUGGCAGCACAUGGGCCGUCAAAGUCGGCCUCUCCGUCGACUACCCGGAUGCUGGCAUCGAUAGAGAGUCCGGUUGCAUGGCCGUAACGAACAAGCUUAUGCGUGCCUGCUUUGACCCGCCCGUGAAUCGGGUGAUUGAGUUGAUCACGGACCAGUUGGCGAGUGUCGGGAAGCAACAUCCAGAGACAAGUGUGAAGGCUAUUCUCCUCACCGGCGAAUUCUCCCCGUCGGUGUAUCUUGUGAACCAAAUCAAGCGGCAUGUCGGAGACCUGUUCGGCAUAACUGUGGUAGGGCCCUCGGAUGCCUUGACAGAUGUCGCCAGAGGAGCGGUGACGGCGGGGGUCCUUCAAGACCAUGGCCUCUUGUCUGCGGAAUAUCGUACCCACGAUUAG